AUGCCCGUCAUCGAUGGUGAAAAAUGGGCUUGCUCGUCCUGCAUCAAGGGCCACCGAGUGAGCGGUUGCACCCACAACGAUCGUGAACUACAUCACAUCAACCCCAAGGGACGCCCGGUCAAGCAGUGUGAGCACUGUCGCGGUGCGCGCAAGUCCAAGUCCCAUCACGCCAAGUGCGACUGUGGCGACAAGAAGGACAAACUCAAGGACAAAGGCGACGCGACGGGUAUGCUUAGCACUGGCACGGCCGUCUUCGACGACUCUGACGAUUCUCUAGCUCACGACGAUGCCUGUCAGUGCUAUCUGGGCGGCAAGUGCUUGUGUGGUACCAAGAAAGAGGUCGAUCUUCGCCUGGACACGGGCCGCCAGACGCUUCAUGAUGCACGCGCCAAACCAAAGCUCUCGACAGCACACUCAGAUAGCCACUUGACCGUCUUUGCAAAUGGCCACCAUAAGCCUUGUCACCGUAACAACAAUUCGGCUCAUGUCUCGGGUGUACCUUACAAGAUCCCUCGUCCCCAUACUUUACAUGGCCACUCAGCCUUCACUGCUCUGACGCAGGGGACUCCCAACUACAGCAAGCCAGAAGUGCCAGCUACACGCUCCAUGGACACCCUCUCGCUCUCCAACAAUGACUUCCAUGCCAUGUUCGGUUCCAAUCAGCGCUCUGGAGAAUCGGUGCCUUUGAACCCCAUUCUGGACGGUGUACCCUUUCAAGAAAACAUGUUCAAUACUCAAGGCGGCACUCAAGGCGAGAGCUUCGGCCAAGAGGGAGGGUCUCCUAGUAGUAACGUGAGUGAUACGUUCGCACCUCAGCAGUGGCCCUGGGCUGCCAAUACUGCCACCCCAGUCACUGGCACAUUCGCGUAUGGAAGCUUGUCGACUUCUCCUUCGCAAGACUGCUUGCCUAACAUCGACAAUGAAUGGGGCAUUCCAUCCUCUGGUUUCAAUCCCUUGUGGUCUGCCGGUGACCUUCCCUUGAAUCCAAGUAAAUUUAGCGACGGCUGGACACAGCCGAUUUCGCAUAGCGGAGAAUCAAAGCAAAGCGGCCCUGGUCUCACAGUAGCAUCGUCUGCGCACUCUGAAGUCGGAGAGCCAAAUUUCUUUGGAGACGUUGAUUUCACACAGCCUCCUUCGACUGCUAGCGAGUCGCUGUUCUGGGAAGACAGUCCUGUCUAUCGCUUCACCACGUCGAUGCCAAGCGAGAACAUUGAAGCACCGGUUCCCAUGCCAACUUCGGUACCGAUGGGAAAUGUGCCAGAGCUUGAGCCUACCUACCACAAAGAUGCCGUCGUUGCACCCAUUCCCAUGACCAGCACAGCUCCAAGUGACUUCAGUGAGACAGCAGCCAUCUCUAUGCCGAGUAAUUUCGAGGAUGUCACAUCUAUCGAGAGUUGGCCGGUGGACCAGAGCAACGGUGCAUUUGGCGCGUUGGCCAGCUUUGACAUGAACUACUCGAAUAGUAACUGGUUCUGA